UGACUGGUUAUUUCCUUAGGGUGCCAGGUGCCGUCCAGGGGAGCUGCGCUGGGAGCACUGGUCUUUACUGGUGAGCACCCCGGCCAUGGCGCUGCUCCCCGCUGUCCGCCUGGCCUGCCUCCUGCUCCUGGUGGACGUGGUGCUGCUGGCAGCACUGGCCAGGCUGGCCCCGGCGCUGGCCCCGUUGGGCUUGGUAGCCACCUGGCUGGAAGCCGGCUUGCGGCUGCUGGCGUUCACAGUGGCCAGGCGGCUACUGGCCCCGGGGGGUUCCCAGGGAGCCGCUGUCAUCCUCAGCCUGGCGCCCGCCACCUUCCUCACCCUCCGGAGCCUCCUGGUGCCGCACGGUGCCGCCCCGGUGCUGCUGGCUGCGGCCGUGACUCGUUGGGUGGCCUUGACCCACGUUGCCACCGCUGCGGCGCUGCUGGCUUGGGCCACCCCAGCACCCGGCGCGGCCACGGGCACCGAGUCACCGGUGGCCCUGGGGCGGCUGUUGGCGUUGGCGUGGGCCGAGUGGCCCGUCCUCAGCGGCGCCUUUCUCUUCCUGGCGUUGGCGGUCUUGGGUGAGACCGCGGGGCCGUAUUGCACCGGCAAAGCCCUGGACGCCGUCCGGCGUGGCAACGGACUCACCAUCUUCACCCUCGGCCUGGUCCUCACUGCCGAUUUGGGCAGCUCGCUGUUUGCCGGCUGCCGCGGGGGUCUCUUCACCUUCGCGCAAGCCCGGCUCAAACUGAGCACCCGUCACCAGCUCUUCUCCCGCUUGGUGCACCAGGAUCUCACCUUCUUCCAGAAGACACCGGCAGCUGAGCUCUCCGCCCGCUUGGCCAACGACGUGCCCUUGCUGUGCCGGGCGGUGCCGAGCAGCAUCAACAUAGCGUUGAGGAGUUUGGCGAUGGUGUUGGCAUUGGGUGGCUUCAUGGUGGGCCUGUCACCUCACCUGGCACUACUGGCGCUGCUGGAGGUGCCCCUCACCAUCACCGCGCGCAAGGUCUACGAUGCCCGAUACGAGGUGCUGCAGCGAGCCAUGCUGGACGCCACGGCCAAGACGGCAGCGGUGGUGCAGGAGGCCGUCUCCUCCAUCGAGACGGUGCGGACCUUCGCUGGGGAGGAGGAGGAGAAGCGCCGCCACAGCCGGGCGGUGGCUGAGAUGCUGGGGCUGAAGGACCAGAUCGAUGUGGAGCGGGCGCUCUUCACCCUCAUCCAGCGGGCGCUGCAGCUGGCUGUGCAGGUGCUGGUGCUCUGCCACGGGCACCGGCAUCUCCGUGAGGGGGCCAUCACCGCCGGCGACCUCGUCACCUUCCUCCUCUACCAGGGUAAAGUUGGCCGCUACGUGCAGGCGCUGGUGUUUGGCCACGGCGACCUGCUGAGCAAAGCAGCAGCUGGUGGCAAGGUCUUGAAGUACCUGGACCAGGAACCCACUGGGGACACCGGGGGCACACGGGCACCCACCACGCUGCGGGGCCACGUCACCUUCCAGCACGUCUCCUUUGCCUACCCCACGCGCCCCGACCACCUCGUCCUGCAGGACGUCUCCUUCGAGCUGCGCCCCGGCGAGGUGACGGCGUUGGCAGGACUCAACGGCAGCGGGAAAAGCACCUGCGCGGCGCUGCUGGAGCGGUUCUACGAGCCUGACGGCGGGGAGGUGCUGCUGGACGGGGUGCCUCUGCGUGACUAUGAGCACCAGUACCUCCACCGCCAGGUGGUGUUGGUGGGGCAGGAGCCGGUGCUUUUCUCCGGCACCAUCCGGGACAACAUCAUCUUCGGGCUGGAGGGCUGCGGGGAGGAGGAGGUGACGGCGGCCGCCGCUGCUGCCGGUGCCCUGGGCUUCAUCUCAGCGCUGGACCGGGGUUUUGACACUGACGUUGGGGAGAAGGGGGGGCAGCUCUCGGCUGGGGAGAAGCAGCGCAUCGCCAUCGCCCGGGCCCUGGUGCGGCGACCCACACUCCUCAUCCUUGACGAAGCCACCAGCGCCUUGGACGGGGAGGGGGAGGCGGCGCUGCAGCAGUGGGUGCGGAGCGGGGGCACCGGGACGGUGCUGCUCAUCACCCACUGCCCACGGAUGCUGGAGGCGGCCGACCGCGUCGUGGUGCUGGAACGCGGCGCUGUGGUGGAGACGGGGACGCCCGCCCAGCUGCGGAGCCGAGGUGGGCCCUACAGCCGCCUGCUGCAGCGUUCCCCCGGCGCAGGGCAGCCGGAGACCCCAGGGAUGGGCUGCGGGGAGCAGGAGCCGGCUCCUGCCCCGGGGGCUGCUCCCGUUGGGAGCGAGAUUUGUACGAAAUAAAGCCAAAUUGCUUCGGA